AACAAAUAGUAACCUGCAUGUCUAGAAACACAGGAAAUAGUCACAGAAAGCGAACUUUGCACUGGCUCAACUACAGAAGAGGAGUCCACAUAGCUCUUCAGAAAAGUACAAUUAUCCGUUUUAAACCUGUUAAGUAAUUUUACGACGCUCCCUAAUCACCACUUCCAACGACCUCUGCCCUUACUGGUGUUGCUAGCUGCUGUACUGUAGCAUGCAGUGGGUACUAAUAACAGGACGGCUGUGCACACUGACGCAGAGUCACGUUAUUACAGGCAGGCUUACACAUUUGCCGAGGUUUGUAGCUCGUCGAAACAUGUCGUCCUCUCAAGCUAAGCGGCCGGUGUCGGUACUGGGAAGUAUGGCGUUCGGUGGGCGAGCCGACGCCGAGCAGAGCCUGGAGAUGGUGAAGGCUUUCCUGGACAGGGGACACAACCAGGUGGACACAGCCUUCAUGUACGUGGAUGGGAAGUCAGAGGCGGUCAUAGGGGGCAUGAAUCUCCCUAAAACAGUAAGCAUAGCGACCAAAGCUAACCCCUGGGAUGGGAAGACGCUGAAACCAGAGAGUGUGCGCUCUCAGCUGGAAACCUCCCUUCAGAGGCUGCAGACAGAUUGUGUGGACCUCUUCUACCUCCAUGCCCCUGACCACCAAAACCCCAUCCAGGAUACCCUGAAGGCCUGCAACGAACUCCACAAAGAGGGAAAAUUCAAGGAGUUUGGCCUGUCUAACUAUGCAUCAUGGGAAGUGGCUGAAAUUGCCACCAUCUGCAGACACAACAACUGGAUUGUUCCCACUGUGUAUCAGGGAAUGUACAAUGCCACUACAAGACAGGUUGAGACCGAGCUGCUGCCGUGUCUGAGGUACUUCGGGAUGAGAUUCUACGCAUACAAUCCUCUAGCAGGUGGCCUUCUGACAGGAAAGUACCAUUACCAGGACAAAGAUGGUUCCCAGCCUGCAGGACGAUUCUUUGGUAACAGCUGGGCUGCAGCAUACAGGGACAGGUACUGGAAGCAGAGUCAUUUCAAUGGGAUAGAGCUUGUCAUUAAGGCCAUAGAGACCGCUUACGGCUCAGAGAAACCCACCUUAACGUCUGCUGCUAUGCGCUGGAUGUACCAUCACUCCCGCCUUAAGGGUGAUCUUGGUGACGGCGUCAUCAUUGGCAUGUCGAGCAUGGAGCAACUUCGUGAGAACCUGGCUGCUGCAGAGGAGGGGCCUCUGGAUGAGAGAGUGGUCGCCGCUUUCAACGAGGCCUGGAAUCUGGUAGCCCACGAGUGUCCCAACUACUUCCGCUGAAGAGCCAAAAUCUCAGUCCAAUCAAACUUCAUGCAAGUUUACACUAAAAAGAGAUGCGCUAAAGCCCAUUUCCCUUAUUUGCAUCCUUUUACCUUUUUCCUAAAAUCA